AUGGUGUCUUGUGUGAAAGCGGUCGGUAUCACCGUCUUGGUGCUGGUGGUUGUGGGAGUGGUAGUGGGGUCUACCACCUGGGCUGUUCUCGCCUCCCGAGGACCAGCCCCGCCUGAUCUGAAGCCUUUGGACUGGUGGGAACACACCACAAUCUACCAGAUAUAUCCGAGAUCCUUCAAGGACAGCGAUGGAGAUGGAAUUGGGGACCUAAGAGGCAUCAUAAUGGAGUUGGAACAUCUCGCUGACAUCGGCGUCGGCGCUAUCUGGAUGUCACCGGUGUUCGUCUCUCCGAUGGUAGACUUCGGAUAUGACAUCAGUGAUUUCUAUAACAUCCACUCUGAAUAUGGAACCAUGCAAGAUUUCGAAAGCUUAGUACAGAAGGCACACGAGCUCGGUAUAAAAGUUCUUCUAGAUUAUGUCCCGAAUCACGCAAGUACCGAAUCCAAUUAUUUCAAGAAAUCAGAAGCUAGAGACCCUGGAUACGAAAACUAUUUUGUUUGGGCUGAUCCCAUUAUUGAUCCCAAUAACGCUAGCAACCGCCUAGUUCCAUCUAACUGGAUAAGUCAAUUCGGUGGCACCGUUUGGGAAUGGAGCGAGGCGAGACAACAAUAUUAUUUACACCAAUUUGCGAUCGAGCAAGCAGAUUUCAACUUUAGGGAGAAGGCUGUUAGAGAUGAGAUGAUAAACAUAAUGAGGUAUUGGUUUAAUAAGGGAGUCGACGGCUAUAGAUUAGACGCUAUCCCGCAUCUCUUUGAAGCAGACCCUAAUGAUCACGGAGGAGUGUACCCAGAUGAGCCUUUGAGCGGUAACAUGUUUUUAAAUCCCAAUCAACCCGGUUACACCACUCAGGUUCAUGUCAGGGAUCAAAUAGAACUGUACGAUGUCGUUUAUGAAUGGAGAGAUUUUGCUGAUAACUAUCAGAAAAAUAACGGGACAGAGACCAAGAUUCUUUUAGCGGAAGCCUAUGCCAAUAUUACGAUGACUAUGUUGUACUAUGGCAACGAGAAAGAUAGAAAUGGAGCCCAUUUCCCUUUCAAUUUCGAUUUCAUAACUAGCUUGUCAGCUCAAUCCAACGCUCGAGACUUCGUGUACGUUAUUCAACACUGGUUAACAUACAUGCCGGCGGGCAGAGUUGCUAAUUGGGUGUUUGGUAAUCACGAUCAAAAUAGAAUGCCAUCCAGGUUCAGACCUAAUAUGGUGGAUGGUUUGAAUUCAUUAAAUAUGAUGCUGCCAGGAGUGGCUAUAACAUACCAGGGGGAAGAAAUUGGUAUGAGGGAUGGUUAUGUAAGUUGGGAGGAUACCGUGGAUGUAAAUGCUUGUAACCAAGGGAACCCUGACAACUACUUGGAUUACUCCAGGGAUCCAGCGAGAACUCCUUAUCAGUGGGAUAAUACGACUAAUGCAGGAUUCUCGAGCGGUCCAAAGACCUGGUUACCGGUAGCCCAAGAUUACAUGGAAAUAAACCUUCAAGCACAAAGAGAAGCAGAACGGAGUCAUUACAAGGUGUAUAAAACCAUGAGCAACUUACGCAAAGAACCGACUCUAUCACACGGAAACUACCACGUGAAGGCUCUGUCUAAACACACCUUCGUUCUGGUGCGGCAUUUAAUAACUUAUGACACAUAUGCCUUGGUAUUCAACGUUGGGGAUGAACCUGACAUCAUUGAUCUGUCGACAGUUGACUUCUUAAACGAACCUCUAACAGUCCACGCAUCCAGUAUUCAUUCCGAGAGACUCUCAGGGCAAGUAGCUUGA